AUGAUCUCGUGUGCUGAGCAGUGAAGCCGGCAGGGAGAGGCCGGCAGAGGCCGGCAGAGGCCCGGCUCCAGGGCUCCGGCUUCCCUCCAGCUCUGGCUCCCCUGGGGCUGCUCUGGAAUUCUCCCCGUGCCCGCUGUCGCCAUGCACUUGGCUGGGCGUCAUGGGUUGGAGUCCCCGAUGAGCAGGCAGGAAGAGAAGGAUGCAGAGCUGGACCGGAGGAUAGUUGCCCUGCGCAAGAAGAACCAGGCCUUGCUACGCAGGUACCAGGAGAUCCAGGAAGACCGGCGGCAGGCGGAGCAGGGGGGCAUGGCUGUGAGCACGCCGCAUCCCCUCCUACCUGACAGCCUCACGGUCACCAUCAGCCACGUUCCAGGAGAGAAGCGAGUGGUCAGCAGGAACUGGACAACGAGCAGCCCUGGGCCUGGUGCAGCCAGUGUCACACUUGAGGAUGAGGACAGCGCUGCUGCCUUCUGCCUGGGGGAGCGGGUGGAGCUGGCUGUGACCCUGGAAAACAAAGCUGAGGCCAAGAGGAUCGUAAGUGAAAAGCCCACCAAAGAAAGGAACCAGGGGGCAAAUGGGGCACCUGGACGGGGCUUUGGACGGAGCACCCCUACACAGAUCGCUGCCAGCUCAGAUUCUACACGGAAGGGUGCCCGGGAGCCCCGGGUCCCAGGACCAGCUCCCCGGCGGCCAGCAGGGGGGCUCCCGGAGGUGGUCUGGGACUAUGACCAGUGGAAGCAGGAGCGGGAGCAGAUCGACCUGGCCCGCCUCGCCCGGCACAGAGACCCACAGGGUGACUGGCGCCGCCCGUGGGACCUGGACAAGGCCAAGCCCACGCCCAAGGACUCCAGCAACCCCAGGGAAGAGGGCUCGGCCAGGGGGGGCAAGAGGGGUCCCAGGAGCCACCGGAAGCUGCAGCCUUCACCAUUGCCCCCUGAUGGGAAAGGUGGUACCACUUGGGGUGGGCAACACAGCAGGCCCUCGGUGGCGCCAGCCACGGGAAGCAAAGCUCGAGGGAAGGAGAGGCUGACUGGCAGGGCCCGCAGGUGGGAAACAAAGGGAUCCGAGGAGCCGGAGAGUCAGGAGGGAAGUGAAAGCACCAGAAAGCCUCCGAGUGAGGAGGGACAUGGACAGAAGCAGGGCGAGACGGAGCCGGGCAGACUCGAGGGUGCCCCGACCACCAGCCCAGCUCUGGCACCCCCAGAGGGGCCUAGGGGGGAGGCAGGGGCUUCGACAGCCAGUGUGGCCCCUGGAUCUCCACAACAGACUGACUGGGCUCCCCUCGACCUCUCUCUAGGAGAGGCCAGAGGCCCUAGGCCCGGGGAGAGCGUGUGUGUGCUCAGUCCAGGGCCUGGGGCCCAGGAAAGCUCCGUGUCUGGGCCAGAUGGUUCAGAGCAGCCUCAGGGAUGGACCAACCACCAGGCUGAGCCAGAAGUCCAGACUUGCUCUGAGCCACGGAGAGGAGCAGGGCCCCCACAGCCCAGAGAAGAGGGGUCUGGCAAGGUUGGGGCCCAGCGGGGCCUGGCACCGAGGAGAAGCAGGCCCCCCAGAGGAACCAGCCUGAGGGCAAGAGGCACAGGAGGUGUGCGGAGCAGGACAGGGGGGCCUGGCCCUGCAGGAAGGUGCUGA